AUGCGCCCAGAGCCCGGCUCCGGGGGUCCUCAAGCCUCCGCGUGCCCCCGGGGUCCUCAAGCCUCCGCGUGCCCCCGGGGUCCUCAAGCCUCCACGUGCCCCCGGGGUCCUCAAGCCUCCGCGUGCCCCCGGGGUCCUCAAGCCUCCGCGUGCCCCCGGGGUCCUCAAGCCGCCGCGUGCCCCCGGGGUCCUCAAGCCUCCACGUGCCCCCACAUCCUCCGGCCGCACUCCCAGCCCUCUCCUUUGCCUCGCCCUCCCGGGCUUCCCAAGGACGGCGUUCCCAGGGGGCGCCAAAGGAACCGAAUCCACCGGCCCCACUCCGUCACAGCCGCUGUCACCCAGCUCGGCCCUCCAGUCCCACAGGCCUCCGGGCCUCCUCCGCUCCCAGCAGGCCCCAUUCUGCACCCCUCCCCCAAGGACACGUGGCCCUUCAGGCCCCCUCCCAAGAGUCUGCGCGUGGUGCGUGGGAUGUCGGAGGACGGGUCUCGCCUCCGGUCUGGAAGAGAUGCGGAGGGUGGGGGCCAGAUGACUCCGGAGGGUGGGGGCCAGAUGACUCCGGAGGGCGUCUGGGCCCCGAGGGCAGCAAUCCGGAGCCCGCAGGCAGCCGGGCAGAUCUCGGGAUCACGUGAAACAGGCGGAGGUGACCUCCGCAUCCCGGGCCAUUCCCCGACGGAAAAGGCUGGGGGGCAGAGCUCGGGGCUGCAGGCGGGGCUCCUGCCCCCCCUCUCCUGGACAUGUAGCCCGGGGGUCCUGGCGCUCCCCCGGGGCUGCCGCACUCCCAACACCUGCCGUCCCUCCCACUGGUUUGCUCCCCACCCCCACGGGCAGGUCGGGGCCCUGUGGGUCCCCUGCAAGGACCAGGAGCACGCGUCCAGCUUGCUCCCAACUCCCCCACAGGACUGCCUGCUUAGCUUUCUGGGGGGCCGGCCCAGCCCAGGUUUUCCCGAUGACCCACCAGGGCUGGGCCGUUAA